CACACACACACACACACACAUACAAAGGCUUGAUCUGUAUUAUAUUUUGUCCACAAAACACAGGAUGAUAUUUUUUGGGAUUACCAUUCUGCUGCAGGAGGCUCUUGCAGUUGCAGCUGUAGCCUUGGACCCCUGCUCUGCCUACAUCAGCCUGAAUGAACCUUGGAGGAACACAGACUAUCACGUCAAACAGUCAUCUGGUCUUCCCUCGUGCGACAGCCACAUAUCUGGAGAAUGGUACCGCUUCACUGGCUUGGCGGGUGAUGCCAUGCCCACCUUCUGCAUCUCUGAGAAUCACUGUGGCACUCAUGCCCCCAUCUGGCUCAACGGCAGCCACCCCCAGCUCCAUGAAGGCAUCAUCACACUGCCUGUGUGCUCCAGUUUCAAUGACAACUGCUGCCAGUGGAACGCUAUUGUAGAUGUGAAGGCCUGCACUGGGGGAUACUUUGUCUACCGCCUGCCCAAACCCUCCGUCUGCUUCCACGUUUACUGUGGCCAUUUCUACGACAUCUGUGAUGAAGUGGAUUGCGCAGGUCCGAGAUGUCCAGAGACGAAAGAGUGUCAAUGUGCACCUGGAUCUGUCCUGGGACCAGACAAACAAACAUGCCUGGAUGUGAAUGAGUGUGAGAAGGGCAACGGUGGCUGUGCAGAGGUGUGUGUCAACACCAAAGGCUCCAGGCGUUGUGAGUGUGGGCCAGGGCGAGUGCUGGAUGAGGAUGGGCACAACUGCAGAGAGAUAGCAGGCUGUCAUGUUAACAAUGGAGGCUGCAGCCAUGAUUGCUCCUCACUACUGGACUCCUAUCAUUGCCACUGUCCCAGAGGGCUGGAGCUGGGAGAGGACAGACGCACAUGUCAGGUGCCGGUCCAGUGUGAUCCCAGCUCCAUUACGGUGUCAGUUCCUAAGGACCUUGUAGGAGGAUUGGAGCUUUUUCUGUCAAACUCCUCUUGUCGCGGUGUCUCCAACGGCACACACAUCAACCUCAGCUUCAGCCUCAAGACCUGCGGCACUGUGGUGAAGGUGACAGAUGACAAGAUUGUGGGGACCAACCUAGUGACGGGCCUUCCCAGGAGCAGCCCAGGCAGCAGCAGAGACCUGAUUGUCCGCACUAGCAAGUUAGUGCUCCCAGUCACCUGUGAGUUCCCCAGAGAAUACCAUGUAUCAGAUGAAUACCAGGCAAGUCAGCGCAGCUCAGCACUGGAGCUGGAAGGACACAGUGAGGGACUCUUCCCCUUUUCACUGGAGCUCUUCAAGAAUGCAGAGUUCUCCGAGCCCUACAGCGCACCACCCCAGCUCCGUCUGCAUGAUUCUCUGUUCUUUGGAGUGGAGCCCAAGGAGAGAGUGGACAGCCUGUCUGCCCUAGUACAGAGCUGCUUCGCUACACCAGGGCCCAAAGCUGACCAGGCCGUCAAGUAUUACCUCAUCAAAGACGGGUGUAUUUCUGAUGAAACAGUGACGCAGUACUCCUCAAAGGACCAGCUUUCUAAGCACUACCAGGUCCCUGUCUUCAAGUUCAUUGGCAAGGACAACCGGCAAGUCUUCCUUCACUGUCAGGUGUUAGUAUGCGGAGCAGGAGACUCUCGCUGUGCUCAGCGCUGUCGGGGACGUGUCCGCCGGGAGGUUUGGGCUGGUGAAACUCAGGAGCAACACACACUGAGUGGAGGCCCCAUCUUCAUCCUGCCUGAGCCAUGAUAAUAUAAAACCGUCAACACAAACAGCCAGGAAAGCACAAGAACAAAAGGAGCACAAAGAGUAUAUUUAAAUUAAAACAAAUGAAUUGUUUCAGUUAAUUUGAUAUUUAAUACAUCGAACAUAAGUAUUGAUACACAGAGCAGUCCACAUUGCUCGCUUUGAAAUUCCCACAUAUACACAUAUACAUGUAGAUGUACAGUAUAUACACAAGUUCCAGUGUCAGUCGCAGCACUGUGGUGAAUACAUCCAAGUCUGUAUAACUCUGCCAUUCUCUGACAUUAAAGUGAAUUUCAUUUCUAUUAAAAAUCA